GGCUGUCAGUGCAUGUGUGUGAGAGUGUGUCUCUGCACAACGACCAUGUGCUUGCUACAGACUGUCAAAUCAGAUAAAGAACAAUGGACAGCACACAGUGAAUUCUGUGUAGUUAAUGGAGUGGUGGAGUUCAUGAGCUUAUCCCUAAUUUGUCUCAACAACUGAACUAUACGGUCAAGUGAAGUAGGAAUACGCCUGACGCUGCCUGCUACACUGUCACCUAUUGAAGUCAUUGACGCGCCAUUACUGGCGGCUCUGUGGUUUUGAGACAUGGAGCCUUUCUCAGACCAGUUCCUGGAGUUCCACCACAUCCACGGCUCUAAUGUGAGACUGGACCCAUCCUGCACCCAGGCCACGCGGGUCGAGAGCUUCGCCAAUGGGGUUUGCUUCAGCGGGAAACCCCUAAGCCCGGGGGAGAUCUUCCUGGUGGAGGUUGAAGAGAAGGAGCUAGGCUGGUGUGGCCACCUCCGCAUCGGGCUGACCAGCCGGGACCCGAGUACCCUGGAGGUGGUGCCAGAGUACUCCCUCCCCGACCUGGUGGACCUGGGGGACAGCUGGGUCUUCGCCAUCACACGCAACCAUAACAAGGUCAAGGAGCAAGCACCUGGGGCCGGGGGAGAGGGGGCAGAAGAGGGAGGGCUGGCUGGAGGUAGGGUGCUAGGAGGUGGGGAGGGUGAAGGCCGGGUUCUGGGAGGUGGAGGAGAAGACAACCCCAGCUCCAACAACAAACCCAAGGCGUUCUUCACAGACUCUCACCUCCAGAUCAACCGCUUCUGCAUCCCCAUGGACAAGCUGGUGGGGCGGAGCCGGCCGGGGCGAUUCAGCCACAUCCUGGAUGACCUGUACAAGACCAACGCCCUGCCACCCACCGCCAGACGGAGCCGGAUAGGCGUGCUGUACGUGCCAAGGGGGCAGGGCCUGGCUGACAUGCAUAUCGUCAUCAACGGGGAGGACAUGGGGGCGUCGGCCAGGGGGAUCCCAACCAAUCAACAGCUCUACGCUGUGGUGGACGUGUUCGCCGCUACCAAAACCGUCCGCAUCGUCCAGGUGGAGUACGGAUUCUCCUCCCUGCAGACCUUGUGUAGGAAGAUCAUCCAGAAGCACAUCGUCCACAGGAUGGCUCUGGACUGGCUGGAGCUGCCUGAGAGACUCAAACACUUCUGCAAAUACGAGUGACGCAAUGGAACAUGGACUCAAACAGAUUUGACAGACGAAACCAGUGAACUGAUCAAAUUUCAUAUUAAAUUCGUAUCUAUUCACUUUU